AUGGCAAGUGAGGAGGAGAGUGUUCUUGCCUUAGUGCAUUGCUCUGGGAAAAUUAAAAAAAGCAAAAGCCAUGGUGUGAAGUUCACAGACAAAGAACCAUUGAGUGUGUUCAUCAGUUCGUCAAGCACUUUGUUAGAUCUAAAGAACAGCAUCUUGCAGAAGCUUGGCGUCUUUGGUACGAAGUGGGUGAAGAAGCUAUUCUACAAGAUUCCCAUCGCAGUUGUCUCGACGGGUGUUCAGUAUGAUACCUUUGUGCUAGCGGCUGAUGAAGAUAUUAGGGUUCUGUUCCAUUGUGUUAGGAGUUUUCCAGAGAUUCGAAUUCACGAGUUGUUUGCGAAGUUGGAGGUUGGUGUCGAUAGUUUUGGGGCAUCAGCUCCAUUUCAUAGCUCGACUGCUGCGGGAGGUGCGUCUAGUUCGAUGCCUGCGGUCAGACCGUAUCUUCCGCCAGUGGGUUCCCCUACGUUCGCGCCUGAUUUAGAGCGAACGGUGGUUGUUGGUUCUGUACAGUUGGAGAAUGAAGGAAUCUUUGAGCAGCCUGAUGUCGUGGGCACCGGUGGUUGCCAGUUACCUUAUAUGGAAGGCUUUGGUGAACCUGAUAGAGUAGAGAAUGCAAUGUGUGACGAUGACUCUGACCAGGAGCCUGUCGAUAUCAUCAGGGACAGCGACGACGACACAGGUGCCAAUCUACAUGCGCAGCAUGGUCCUUCAAGUUCUGCUUCUCAACAGUACCCUCCACACUUCUCCACACUAAACUUGGAGGUUCUUGGUCAACAGGAGGACGGUGGUAACACGGUCGGGGGCUCUUCUACAGAAUUUCAGAUUGGGCAAUCUUUCCAGAAUAAAGAUGAGGCUUUGUUGAGUGUGAAGGACUAUAGCAUCCGGCGAGGUGUUGAGUACAGAGUCAUCGAAUCAGAUCAUCUGAAGUAUCAUGAAAAAUGCAAGCAAUUCGGCAAGGGUUGUACUUGGUUGAUUCGCGUUGUGCUGCGUGCACAAAAGGGCACUUGGGAGGUUAGGAGGUACAACGGGCCACACACAUACUUGGCAACCUCUAUUUCCAGUGAUCACCGUCAGCUGGAUUACCACGUUAUCUGUGCGAGGAUUCUUCCGUUGGUUAGGGCAGAUGCUGCAGUUACGGUAAAGGUACUACAACAAGCUACAGAAGUCGAUUAUGGUUUCAGGCCUAGUUAUAGGAAGGUUUCGAUGGCGAAGCAGAAGGCAGUGGCACAAAUAUAUGGAGAUUGGGAAGAGUCGUACGCGGAGUUGCCACGUUGGAUGCUAGAAGUACAGUCAACAAUGGCCGGAACAAUAACCGUGUUGAAGACCUCUCCUGUUCGUCUUCGUGGUGAGGUUGAUGAGUCGACGGUGUACUUUCACCGAUUAUUCUGGACAUUCCCACCCUGUAUCGAGGCAUUCCGUCAUUGCAAGCCCCUCGUCAGUAUUGACGGUACCCACUUGUAUGGCAAGUAUAGAGGGACACUGCUGUUGGCGAUAGCGCAGGAUGGGAACUCCAACAUCCUCCCCAUUGCAUUAGCCCUUGUGGAAGGAGAAAAUGCAGAGUCGUGGCAUAACGGGAUCAAGGCAGCGCUUGAGGCACCUGAGACUGGGUGGCUGCCUCCACGUGCUUUCCGAGCGUACUGUAUUCGGCAUGUGGCAGCAAAUUUUGCCCUAACUUUCAAAGGUAAAGAUUCAAGGAGGAUGUUAGUGAAUGCUGCCUACGCAAAGACUGAAGUAGAGUUUUAUUACUGGUUUGACAUCAUGCGGACUGAGAAUCCAGCAAUGUGUGAAUGGGCCAAUCGGAUGGAGUACGACAAAUGGACCUAA